GUGCAUAUGUCUAUGGUCUGCAGUGUUUGCAGCGAGACACGUGAUCAAACAUUGCGUCACGCGCGGGUUCAAAGUUGAAAGUCAAAAUCCAGGAGCCCCUGCUCAUACACGGCUUAUCGCAGCAUGGCGAUUUUCGCAGGUUAUAGAGUGCUCUCGCAGGCUUUUCGACCGCUCGCUUCCAGCCUCGACGGAUCGUGCAGAUCGCUGGAGCAAGCUAGAUGUUUGCACCAUGUCCUACAGACAAAUGAACGACAGUGUGCCCGUCCGGGGACACACGGAGCACGUCGUCAGUACAGCUCUGAUGCAAAGUCUGGGGAUGACCUGUGCGUUAGAUAUUUGGACGGGGAAGAUUCAGGGAUUGUUGUUUUCGGGAUCAAUCGACCGAAGGCUAAAAAUGCAAUUAGCAAAAACCUUGUGAAAAUGAUGUCAGAAGCUGUGGAUGCAGUUAAAGGAAAUAACAAGGUGCGCACUGUAAUCCUGUGCAGUCUGGUACCUGGAAUAUUCUGUGCAGGGGCCGAUCUGAAGGAGAGAGCCAAAAUGCACCAAAGUGAAGUUGGACCCUUUGUUUCCAAAGCAAGAACGCUCAUUACAGAACUCGGUAAUCUCCCCAUGCCCACCAUCGCUGCCAUCGACGGGGCCGCCUUGGGAGGGGGCCUGGAGAUGGCUCUGGCCUGUGACAUCCGCGUGGCAGCUACCACUGCCAGAAUGGGACUGGUUGAGACAAAACUAGCCAUCAUUCCUGGUGCAGGGGGUACCCAGCGUCUGCCCCGGGCCGUCGGCGUGUCCCUGGCCAAGGAGCUGAUUUUCGCCGCCCGGGUGCUGGACGGGGCGGAGGCUCAGACCCUGGGCCUGGUCAGCCACGCCGUGGAGCAGAACAAGAGCGGGGACGGGGCGUACAGGCGAGCCCUGGACCUCGCCCGCGAAUUCCUCCCUCAGGGGCCCAUUGCAAUCCGAAUGGCCAAGCUCGCCAUCAACCAGGGGAUUGAGGUGGAUUUAGCUACAGGUUUAGCCAUUGAAGAGGCCUGUUAUGCCCAGGUGAUACCAACAAAAGACAGAAUCGAGGGUCUCACAGCGUUCAAGGAGAAGAGGCCUCCGCGAUUCAAGGGAGAGUAGAUUCAUUGGCCGAUCAGAAACAGCUGCUGCCUUCAAGUUUUUAAUUUCACAGCUUCUCUCUGAUUUCGUAACACGAAAGUAAAAAAUGAUUUAAACUGAAUUAGGGCCCGUCACCAGGGGCAGGUUGGACUGCCGGUGAGCUGAAAAAGCCCCAGGUGGGGCAGUUGUGUGUGUGUGUGUGUUUUUGUUUGUAAAAGAAGCUGUUCGGGUCAAAAUGGCGGUCGCAUCCGCCAUCUUUCCAUGAGCGGUCCCUGGCGGGUUUUUUGGGUGGCGUGAGAACGGACAGUAAAAGCGUUCCGGGCCCAGAGAGGGUCGGAUUUGGGAAUGUUUAAACCCAGCUUGUCCUCGGCGUACCGUAUCCGAAGAGCCCCGUUGCAUGGUUUGAAAAGUUUUAUUGUCUCAUAAGUUUGCCGCCUUCUCCGUCUGUGAUGAUGCAGUUCGUUUUUUUGUCUUUGUCUGUGUAGCAGUUAAUUUCCUCUUUUGUCUGCGAAGCAUAAGUUGGUUUCACUUCCGGUUAAUUUCUUCUUUGUGAUGCAUACUUAUCCAGCAGUACUGUAUACACUGUAUGUUAGCACCACGGACCGAGCCUUUUGUUUAUCGUGUCGGACCAUGUCGAUGUAAUCGAGUAUGCUUGUGUUAAUCCAGGUAAAACCGGAAUGAAUAUCCCCUCUUUAAUUAGAACAGGAUAUUAACACUGGCACGGGGAUAUACUACUUCGUAGGCUUCACCAUAACUGUACGUUAUGACACGAAAAAAAUAUUUUGCUUACUAAUUUCCAAAGAGAGGCACUUGGACUUUAACUGUAUUUUUAGAAGAUGAUGUUGAUUUCCAAUGGGGAAAAAAAUGAUUAUAGAUCUGUAACAAUAAAGUAUUGUCCCAUCCACCUCAGCAUGUCGUGAUUCAGAUUCAGUGUCGUGUAGUUGCACUACAAGUGUUUGUACACACGAAAACACGAACCAAGAUCAAACAACGGCUACUGUGCGCGCGAGAGAGAAUGUGUUUUCAGAGGUCGACUCCCGCUCUUGUUUAGGUGUCUAAUAGGAGAUAUCUGCUUCCAAAAUCAGAUCACUAGAGCAGUGUUUCUUAAAACUGUAGGCCAGGACUCAAAGUGGGACGCGGGAGUGUAUGAGGUAGGUCCCGGAAUGAGUCUGUAGUCCACCAAGCUUUGCUAGUACGUGCAUUUGACAGUUGUACCCUGAGUGGUACUAAAUUUAUAAUUUCAGUCUCGAUAUUUAGAAAGUUUGAGAACCAGUGGAGUAGAGGUCUUGAGCUUAGUAAUGGGGAGUGAAUGGUCACACAGUCUGCACAGUUUAAACUACGAUGUUUAGGACAAACUGUCUGAAAUGUGACUGCUGCCACUUCCUGUCCUACUCAUUCCAGUGUUUGUGCGUACAGACUUAAAGAUAAGCGACGGCGACAUAAACUCUUUGUCGGCUGGGUGCCGCAAAUUCUAUGGGUUUUACUCAACUUAACCUGUGAGUCACGGCGGCCAAAACGGCACAAAAAAGAUUAGAAACUAAAUUCUGUUUAAAAUUUAGCAUUAGCAACCAUUUACAAACACGGCUGUCGCACUGCACUCCACACAGUAGGUAUUUUCCGGAGGGAAUUACCAGCGCUGGACUGUUCCAUCAAUGAGAUUGUUGUUGUGUAUAAUUUGUCACAGUGGCAUUCAUUAAGGGUGGAAAACGGUCUCGACUGAAUAAGUGUGCUAAACUUCGAAUACCGCGUUUUUAUGCUACUCUUCCGUUUUUUUUAAUUGUUUUUUUUUAAAAAUACUUAAUGCGAUGCGUUCUGCGGGUUACCGAAACGAGGUAUCCCAGAUCCGUGUAGGAAAGCGAAACCACAUAACGCCUGCAUGCGUUUUGUUUAACGUUGAUGAGACCUAACCCACUUAGCUCAGUGAUUGGGGUUCCUCCGUAAGAGCGAACGAGUACCUUUGCAGUGCAGCGCUUGGCUUCCUCCUGAAGCCUCUGUUCAUUAGUCUCGCUGAGUUUAAUGUGAAUCGCUUCAUUUCAAAGUGGUUUUUGGCGCUGUGUAGCAACACUCAAAGCUCCCUUCGGUUAAACCCAGUUUAUGUCAAUGAGUGAAGAAGACUAAUAAAAAAUAAAUAAAAAAACUGUCUCUGCUGAUCAGCAUUCUUAUAAUCCGGUUUCUGGUGUAAAUUCUAGCGUUUCUUUUGAAGGCCUUGUGUAUUAUUUUGAACAUUCACAUUUGUUUUGAGUCUGGAUUAAUAUGCCAAUAUUAUUUCUUUAAUAUAUAAUCCAUGCGGCUGGGAUGGAAGCAGACCUGGUAUACGUGCUUCUUGUGUGUGACUUUUCUUUGAGAAUGACAUUUAUCUUGCGCAUUGAUGCAGUGCAUUGCAGUGCUUGGCAGCCAGCGAAGAGCUGGAAAUGUACAAACCUGGAAACAUUGACAUUCAAGCCAAAUGUACUGUAUUCACUUUCAGACGUUGGUCAUAAUGGUCUGUGGAAUCACUGAUGAAUUAAAAUGAUCGGUGAUUUCUC